AUGCCUCGUGGAAGACCCAAGGUCCUGGUGUCACCCUGCAGGUUCUGCAAAAUGCAGUUCAAGCGAGUGGAACAUCUGCAGCGACAUGAACGCAUUCGUGAGUUCCUGCGCCCCCAUUUCCUCUUAUUUGUUGCUCAUAGGUUCCAGAUACUCAAGAAAAACCAUUUUCUUGCGAUUGUGGAAAGGACUUUUAUAGACGGGAUCUUCUCAUGCGCCACCGUCGACUUGACCAUCACGGAUCCCCCCUGGCAGCAUGUGCAAAACCUCGACACGUUCCAAUCUUCUCCAAUACCUGUUGGACGGGGCACUGGACCUGUGCAGCAAGGUUCCUGGACCCCCAGUGCUGCUGUUUCUGAAUUACACUCAGAACACUCAAAUUAUACUGGGUUCAUGCCUCAUGAUCCAGCAGACAGCUUUGAUUUCACCUCUACUUACGAGUUCGAGAUGCUCUGGAACAAUAGCAAUGACAUUGCUGAUUUCCUGCCUGCUGCAUUCUUUGAUACCGACUUUUCACUGUCUGACAUCUGGCAGACAAAUAAUCAGAAAGCCAAUAAAUCUAUGGGGCCACCUCUUAGCCUCGAGCCAAAUAGACAGGACUUGCUUCUUCAGAAUGCAGAUGUAUCGCAAUCUUUUAGUUCGCUGCCAUCACGACUUCCAAAUUUAGAGCCGGACUCUCUAUCAUCGCGCAAUGAGAGGCUACCUCACAACAAAUUAGACUCAUCGGGAGCUAUUGACGUUUUUGCCGAAGCGGAAACCGCCUUGCCGUGGAACAUUUCUGUACAUGCAUAUGACCAAAUAUAUGCUGCCAUUCAAACAUACGGAAACAUUUUGCCCAGUGGGUUUCCUAUUCCAUCUCGACAUACCGUCUCACGAUAUGUCGAGGGAUAUUUCCGAGGAUUUCAUGAGCAUUUUCCUUUUCUCCACCCCCCCAACAUUAAAGGUCGAGCUUUUAUCACCCGAGCUUUUACUUGCGAUGAUCGCGAUGGGUGCAUUUUGCCGGGUAGAGAGAAAAAAAGGGUUAUGCUCUUUACUUGGCCUCUAAAGCGGUCAUAA